AUGGUUGACAUGUUGUCUGAAGCAGUGCCGGUGCUCUUCACGGCACAAAUCGCACGGAAGAAACCGGUCUGGCGUGAGGGCCGGUUGCACUUCGCCCGUGGUAGCGCCGUCCUCCUAGAUGAGGUUGGGCAGCGACUGGAGGCGACUCCGGCAGAUGGACUUCAGAAGCGGCUGAAGCAAGGUGGUGAGUUCCGUCUGGAGCGGCACAAGAUUCUCCUGGAGCCAAGCGAGUCUGUUGGGAAUCAGCAGACGACCUCGACAAACAGUGAGGUCCUUUUGAGUCCGCAGCAUGUCUCCGGGGCUUCCGUUGCCGCGCCGUUCCGUGCACCACGGUCGACAACGCGCCUGCUGCAUGCCCAGUUGAUGAAGGCCGCGGUGCAGGACCAGCGGACGACAGAGGAUUCGCAUGCCGCGGGGAAAGGCGAGCAACCAGAUGUAUGGCUUCGCUGUGCAGUGGCCGCGGAGAAGGCCGCCCGGCGCGAGUCCGAAGGCACGAAGAAACAGGAUCUCUGGGAAGCGGCCAGUCGGGAGGAGGCUCUCGUGAACAAGUUUCGCCGGAUUUGGUAUGGGCAGCCUGAGGAUGUCCUGUAA